AUGCACUCGGCACCGAAUGUCGUUACCAGCGGUGCCAUGUCCUUCUCUCCACAAGCACACGGUUUCUUUCCAUUUCCCCUCACUUCGCUCUUCGGAAACACGCCCUUCACAGACCCACCGGAAGAAACUGCCACCAAGAUUGCAACGCUCCAGGCAAAGUUGAACAAAAAACUUGGUCCGGAAUUUGUAUCACAACGUCCUGGCCCAGGUGGUGGUCCCAAGCUCACCUACGCGGAGGGGUGGAAGAUCAUCAACCUUGCGAACGAAGUGUUUGGGUUCAAUGGAUGGAGCUCCAGUGUCGUGAACAUCACCACGGAUUUCAUCGACUACAAUGAGGAGACCCGCAGAUUCAACGUAGGUGUGACUGCAAUUCUGCGCGUGACGCUCAAGGAUGGGGUGUAUCAUGAAGACGUUGGAUAUGGGAUGUUGGAGAACUCAAAGAGUAAAGCCGCAGCAUUGGAUAAGUGUAAGAAAGAGGCCAUAACGGAUGCUCUCAAACGAACGCUACGAAAUUUCGGCAAUUUACUUGGAAAUUGUCUAUAUGACAAGGCAUAUGCUCAGGAAGUGGUGAAGAUGAAAGUGCCGCCCGCCAAGUUCGACAAGAGUGAUUUGUACCGUCGACCGGAAUUUGAGGGCACGAAGCCAAGUGCGCCUCAGUCAAACCCACCAGGAGCGCCGGGUCGGCCCGUACAAACAACGAAUACUAGUACUGUCGCUUUGCAACAAGCAAGACCUAUGGUUAAAACGGAAGCCAUGUCAGAGCAGCUCGAGAAACCGAUGGCGUACGUGCCUCGACAUAUGCGGCAAGAAAUGGCACCUGUUGCCCAGCAAAACACAAAUUCCAAGGAAACAGCGCAGGGGACUUCCAACCAGCCGGUCAAAGAAGUAGUUAAUACCCAGCCGAAUGCUCAGCAAACCACCGGCCUCCAAACACCCGUCCAGACUCCAUCGGAGCAGACUUCUGUACAACAACUUCGCGGUCGAUGUGACCGACAACCAUCCGACCGUAGGCUAUCUUUCGCUGACACGCUAGAUGACAAUGACGAGCUUCCUGUUACAUUACCGAGCACGCAAAACAACUAUGGUCUCAAUUCCGACGACGAAGCUUUCUUUGCCUCAGUUGACCUCGGUGACUGCGACCUUGGUAGACCCAUCGAUUUCGAAGAAGGUAUGGGCGGCGUGAGCACGACGGAUGACUGUAUGCUUGACCAGGAGCAAGCAUUUCGUCCCGCUGUAGCAAGAUCUCCCGUGAUUCGGCAUGCUCAAGCCCACGCCUGCAACGUGGCCGGUCCGAGCGGAAGUUCUGACACUAUCCCGAAAAAUCGGCGCGCUACGAUCGUGCCGGGCGGGGGCGUUGCGGGUCGAUCGAGUGCAAGCGGCUCAAGCUCGGCUUCCGCGUCAAGUCCCAAGGUCGAUGCUGCGUCCCCGUCCACGGGCUCUACGACGUCAUCACGACAGAAACCUCUGAUACUGCCACAGGGCCAGCAGCAAACAAACCCCCAAGAGGGACCUCCAGCGAUAGGGGUGAAACGGAAUGUGGAUUCCAUGCAGUAA